AUGACCAUCACACUUGAUGAUGUGAGUACGUUGGUCGGUUUGCCAGUUGUUGGGCGUACCGUGUCUUGCGAGCGUUUGAUCCGUGAUUCCAAAACGAAGCCCAGUAGUUUGAUGUUCGAGUUGCUAGGUGAGUACCCGGACGAUGUAGACAAGAAGAAAGCGGUGAAACUGGAAUGGUUGAAGACUAAAUUUAGCAAGGUGACCACGAGAGAUAGUGCUGAUAAGAGGACAUACGCCAUUCGGGCGUAUUUGUUAUUUUUGCUCGGGUGUACUAUACUGUGCAAUAAGACAGGCAACAUGGUAAGUGUGGAGUAUCUAAAUCUCGUCUCUGAUUUGGAUCGGAUCGGCGAGUAUGCUUGGGGCACUGCAUGUCUUUGCCGGUUGUACGAUAAGCUUUCGUCAGCCUCACAAAAAUCAACGAACUCGAUGGCUGGCUGGCUGACGCUCUUUGAAUCAUGUAUUUACGAGCACUUUCCUUAUUUGGCGGGUGGCACAUUGAAGACGGAAUUCGAGGGGCCAUUAGCGAGCCGAUGGGAGCCUCAGUCAAAGACUACUUCAACGCCUGAACGAGCCUCGUACUUGCGAUCUCGAUUAGAUGAUUUGAUCCCCGAUCAGGUUUUAUGGUCACCGUAUACGGCUAUUCGUGAUGGUUUCCCGAUGCCAGAUUCUGCUUGGUUUAGUGGGAUGAUAUGUUGCAUGGACCACUUCGAGGCAUAUCAUCCGGACAGAGUGUUGAGGUAG